GUGUCUAAAGGUACUGUUACACAUGCUCAUAAAAUAGCAUGCUUACGAGCAUGCUUGAAAAUCGCAUGCUCUCCAAACUGAUACAUUUGCUCGUGUUUAGCAUGCUUUUUUAUGUGCAUGCUCUCCUCGAUCUUGCUCAAAGCAAAGACUCCGGACACACAUGCUAUUUAAUAGCGAGCUGUUCGUUCAGUGUUCCACUGCAAAAAUGGAAAACCAAGUGACUCUCUCCACAGAAGUGAAUAAAGUCAUCAUUUUGAUUGCAAUACAGUGUGUCAAAAAACUUUUGGUAUCAAGAAAGAAGAAUAGAAGGAAUAGGAAGAUUUGGGUUCGAGAUUGGCUAAGUAGAAGAGAAAACCUUGGAGCAAGUACUCGAUUGCUAGCAGAAAUGAGAGAAGAAGACAUUGAUGGCUACAAAAAUCAUUUGCGGAUGCUGCCGCAUCAGUUUGAUGAAUUGCUCUCUAAAACUGGAAGCGCUAUACAGAAACAAGAUACACACAUGCGAAAUGCUAUUCCAGCAAAAGUGAAAUUGGAAAUUACAUUGAGAUAUCUAGCAACUGGAGACUCGUUAUAUACAUUAGAAGCACUACACAGAGUUGCAAGAUCCACUAUAGCUAAAUUUCUACCUGAAGUGUGUAAUGCAAUAUACAGUGCUCUGAAGGAUUAUAUGCAGAUUCCGGGUCCAGAAGACUGGAAACGCAUUGAACAUGGAUUUAGAACAAAAUGGAACUUUCCAGGGUGUGUUGGUGCGUUGGAUGGCAAACAUAUAAAUAUACUGGCUCCUGAUGAUACUUCUGACUACUACAAUUACAAGGGCGCCCAUAGCAUUAUACUUCUGGCAUUAGCUGAUGACGACUACUGUUUUUCAUACGUAAAUGUUGGAACUAAUGGAAGAGCUUCUGAUGGAGGUGUUUAUCAACAAUCGAAGUUAGCACAAGCCUUGCAAAAUAAUACUCUCAAUUUACCAGAGCAAUCAGUUGUUGUGGCAGACGCUGCAUUUCCUCUAAAGACGUAUCUUAUGAAGCCCUAUCGAACAACUCCAACACGUAAAGAAAAAAUAUUCAACUACCGUUUAUCGAGAGCCAGACGAAUCGUUGAAAACGCGUUUGGUAUUUUAGUAACAAGAUUUCGAGUUCCUCUGAAUGCAAUAGAUAUGGCCCCCAAAAAGGUUGACUAUGUUGUAUUAGCUGCAUGUGCUUUACACAAUUGGCUUCGAAAAACAUCUGAUAUGUAUAUCACGCAAAGAUGCGUCGACUUUGAAGAUAUACAACAACGUGUUCUGAUACCAGGAGCAUGGAGGACACAACUGCGGCAAGCUUUGGAAGGCUUACCACGUACACGCUACAGUAACCACGCUUCUCAGCAGGCAGAAGCAAUAAGAGACACUUAUGCGCAGCUUUUUGUAACUACCGAGACGGUUCCGUGGCAAGACCAUAUGAUAUAAAUUAAAAGUUGAAAAUUAACAUACCUAUAUACGUAAUAAUAAAUAAGAAGACAAUGAAUGUUGUAUGCUAAUAUAUUGAUUAUUUGUUGUGUUAAGACUUGAGUGUAUUUUCAUUUAAAGUAAAGAGAAACUCACCAACUCAAUAGAUGUCCUGUAGUCACCAGUGUCUCCCAGAAAAGAAUGCAUUUCAUGGAACCAUGACGUGGACGGGUUGUAUACCUCAGCGGUGCCAGAGCCUGAUCGCUUGGAAUGUUCAAUUUUUUUUAGUUCAUUGUGGUAAACCGACCUCAGGUUCUUGAUUUUUGUUUUUAAACUUUUCAAACUUAACGUAGGGUCAUUCAUCUUCAUUAUCAUAUCUUCAUACGCAUUGUUUCUCAAAAUAUUGUUUUUAUACUGCGAAGACUUUGGGUUCCACAGGCAUUCAUGAUUUCGGUAUAGAAUAACAAACUGUAACGUCUUAUCGUCACCCCAGCGCGCCAUUUUUGCAACACACAAGCGCACCUGCUGCUAACAAUUGCUGCGAACAACUGCUGCUCAAUAAUAGCAUGCUUAAUAAGCAGACCUGUUCACACGCGCUAAAACCACACCCCCUUCCACCCGCGCUGCAGGUAGCAUGCUCAAAAAUCGCAAGGCGGUCGAUUUUUAAGCAUGCUCAGAAAAAGCAUGCUUAUUUCUAGCAACGUAUGUACACACAUGCUACUAAG